ACUGCAGGUUGUGGCUCCUAUUACCGUCCGUGCUACUCUACAUGUAUGUACGAGAAUAUACGUAGAGGGGUUACGGAGCUGUUUCUGCUCGUGCAGCCAAACCAGAAAACGGAAUAUUCUGGCUUUCAGGUGACACUGGUGGUGGUGCAUGCUGCCCGAGCAUUCAUUUAAACCUUCGCACUUUCGCGGCAUUCAAGAUUCAGUCCCCAGCCGAAGCUCCAUUUCCUACUUUCAGCAGUUCCCGAGUCACCUUGUUCCCCUCACGCUCUCGCAAGCUGCGCGUCCCCUGCGGCACACAGCCUUCUGCUGCCGCUUGUGGCGAUUUCGACCUGGAGGUUACGGCGAUUCUCUCGUCAAAUUUCCAUCUCCGGAUCAUCGUCAGCCGAAUUGGAAGCAAACAACACCAGAACUUUUUAGCGCGGGGCGGCCCUGUUUCGGAGAGUCCUUUUGCGCAGGUAUGUCGUGGUCGGAAAUGCGCACCAUGAACAACUCGAAUCCAAAUCAGAGUCUGUCUCAAGGAAACGCGGAAUCGUCGCCGGGUCCGAGCUCGUCCAGGCCACCGGCUCCACACAAGAGUUGGUCCGGGACCAGUGGCACUAGCAAUGGCGAACGGAGCACCGACGAGGCUGUUGGCGAUUUGAUCGCUGCACGUCUCAACUCCUUGGUGCAAGACUGCAUCCAGCAGUUUACGUCAUCGAAGGAAGUGUUGCAGCCUUUCAUAUACGAGAUAAAAGGGAGCUCUGAUGACAUCACGGAGCGGCUGCGCCAGUCUCGAAAGCAAGCAAUGCUGCGUAAAGACGAACUAGAAGCAGAGCGCCAGGAAGUCCAGCAAGCGGCGUGCAAAGUGUUACAUGUGCUCAACGACACGAUGGAUGAACUGUACAAUCCUUGAACCUUUAUUUCGAGUGACCUGUGGAGGAUCCCUCGCAACAAACUGUGAUCAAAUUCUACUCUGAUGUGAUGGAGAGGGUGGCAUCCAGAGGCAGAGCUCGUGUACGUCCGUGUCGAAAGUUGCGGUUGAGUCUAUAACACGGGCAGACUUGACGACAGACUUCUUGUUCUAGUGGGAGGCUUUGCAGAUAUCUCGUUCAGCGCUUGGAUAAACUUCGAUCGGGCAUUGUGUGCGAAGACGUGCACCAUGUACCGCCUGCCCUGUUUCCGGUCCGGUUCGGUUGGAGAUGCGUCACCCAAACUCAGAACCCAGAGCUCUGAAUUUUGGUUCGAUAUUGUUUUGAACAUCACAUCAUGAAGAGUCUCUCCGCUGUGUGCAAACCGUUGUGGACACCAGAGUUCUGUAAUGUACGGUUCCCAUUUUGCAAUAAAAUCGUGGAUUGGUUGAGCCUGUGUCCGACGACCGAGUUUCCACCGUUCGGUACA